UGGCUUAACUUUGGCCGAAGCCAAAACAGUUUAUCAAAAUGGUUGGGAAAAAUUAAUUGAUGAGCGUAUUGCUAAUCUAGGAGAAAAAAAAAUUAAAUAUACUUAUCCUGGUCUAACUGCUUUUGAAAUUGAAUUAUUGACUAAUGAUAAGCGUGAGUUAGACAAGGCUUUUCAACUGGUAAUUGAUAAUAUUUUUUCCGUCCAAGCGGCCAAUAUUCUUGAUUUGCCAACAGACGAAAUUAUUAAUAAUUAUUCAUAUGACGAAAGCAAGAUCUCUUUCUCCCCACUAAAAAAAGAGAAUUUGCGGAAA